AUGGCGACUGGGGCCGUACCAACAUCGUUUUCGGGGCUAAAGAUGAAGGAAUCAAGGCUGGGGUUUGGAAAAAGCAUGGAUUUUGUGAGAAUUUGUGAUAUAAAGAGGAUCAAAUCCGGUAGAAAAAAGAUUUCAAUGAUUCGAAACUCCGAUACUGGUCGUGAGAUUGUUGAGCUUCAACCUGCAUCAGAAGGGAGUCCUCUAUUAGUCCCAAGACAAAAGUACUGUGAAUCUAUAAACAAGACUGUCAGGAGGAAAACACGUACUGUAGCGGUGGGAAAUGUGCUUCUUGGUAGUGAGCAUCCUAUACGGGUUCAGACUAUGACUACAACCGACACUAAGGAUGUUGCUGCGACACUUGAAGAGGUGAUGAGAAUAGCAGACAAAGGAGCAGAUAUAGUUCGUAUAACAGUUCAAGGGAAGAGAGAAGCUGAUGCUUGUUAUGAAAUAAAAAACUCCCUCGUGCAGAAAAACUACAAUAUUCCUCUGGUUGCGGAUAUUCAUUUUGCUCCAUCUGUUGCAUUGCGAGUAGCUGAAUGUUUUGACAAGAUUCGGGUCAACCCAGGAAAUUUUGCUGAUAGGCGAGCUCAAUUUGAGAAACUAGAGUACACAGAAGAUGACUAUCAGACAGAACUUGAGCAUAUUGAGAAGGUUUUUACUCCAUUGGUUGAGAAAUGUAAGAAGUAUGGAAGGGCAAUGCGUAUUGGGACAAACCAUGGCAGUCUUUCAGAUCGUAUAAUGAGCUACUAUGGAGAUUCUCCUAGGGGAAUGGUUGAAUCUGCAUUUGAGUUUGCUAGGAUAUGUCGGAAGUUGGACUUCCAUAAUUUUGUCUUUUCAAUGAAAGCAAGCAACCCAGUUGUCAUGGUCCAGGCAUACCGUCUACUUGUAGCAGAAAUGUAUGUUCAAGGCUGGGAUUAUCCAUUACACUUGGGCGUCACUGAAGCUGGAGAAGGUGAAGAUGGGCGAAUGAAAUCUGCAAUUGGCAUUGGGACUCUUCUCCAGGAUGGUCUGGGCGAUACAAUCAGGGUUUCACUUACAGAACCACCAGAAGAGGAGAUAGAUCCUUGCAGAAGGUUGGCCAAUCUUGGUAUGAGAGCAGCUAAACUUCAGCAAGGAGUGGCACCAUUUGAGGAAAAGCACAGGCAUUACUUCGAUUUCCAGCGCCGAUCUGGUCAAUUACCAGUGCAAAAGGAGGGCGAGGAGGUGGAUUAUAGAGGCGUCCUGCACCGUGAUGGCUCUGUGCUCAUGUCAGUUUCUUUAGAUCAGUUGAAGGCACCUGAACUUCUCUACAAGGCACUUGCAGCAAAGCUUGUCGUUGGGAUGCCUUUCAAGGAUCUGGCAACAGUGGAUUCGAUUUUAUUGAGAGAGCUCCCAGCAGUGGAUGAUAAUGAUGCUCGGCUAGCUCUCAAAAGGUUGAUAGAUAUUAGUAUGGGGGUAAUAGCUCCUUUAUCAGAGCAGCUAACGAAACCAUUGCCCAAUGCCAUGGUUCUUGUCAACCUUAAGGAGUUGUCAACUGGUGCACACAAGCUUUUGCCAGAAGGUACACGCUUGGUUGUGUCUGUACGUGGUGAUGAGCCCUAUGAAGAACUUGAAAUUCUCAAACACAUUGAUGCCACAAUGCUUCUUCAUGGUCUACCCUUUUCAGAAGAUAAGAUUGGUAGAGUGCAUGCAGCAAGGAGGUUAUUUGAGUAUCUUGCAGACAAUGCUUUGAAUGUCCCCGUGAUUCACCACAUUCAGUUUUCAAAAGGGGUUCACAGGGAUGACUUGGUCAUUGGUUCUGGCACAAAUGCUGGAGCUCUUUUAGUAGAUGGUCUAGGAGAUGGUGUCCUAAUAGAAGCCCCGGAUCAGGAUUUUGAUUUUCUCAGGAAUACAUCUUUCAACUUGUUACAAGGUUGCAGAAUGAGAAAUACAAAGACGGAAUAUGUCUCAUGCCCAUCAUGCGGAAGAACUUUGUUUGAUCUUCAAGAGAUAAGUGCACAAAUACGAGAAAAGACAUCACACUUGCCUGGUGUUUCGAUUGCAAUCAUGGGUUGCAUUGUGAAUGGCCCUGGGGAGAUGGCUGAUGCAGAUUUUGGGUAUGUCGGUGGUGCUCCGGGAAAGAUUGACCUUUAUGUUGGCAAGACGGUGGUAAAGCGUGGAAUCGAAAUGGAGCAUGCGACGGAUGCGUUGAUCCAGCUAAUUAAAGAUAAUGGCCGCUGGGUAGACCCUCCUGCAGAAGAGUAA